AUGGUCAUAUCGGCUUCACUCCAGCCAUUCCACAGGUUUCAUCACCUACAGUCCCAGUUUUGGAGGAAGUUUUGUCGAUUGUUCAGGGGGAAUUUCUCCCACUCUCUUUCCCUCUCCCUGCACCCAGCUCAGCAUGCCCCAGCCCCUGAGCUUCUCCACAGCUCUCCCAGCUCCACUACCAUGUGUAGAUGGACAGUGACACAAGGUGCACCGGUCGCCUGGUUCUCCUCCUGCCCGAGCUGCAGAUCUCCUUCACUCCUCCUCUCCUUCACCUUCCUCCUCCUGCUCCGUCCUUCCUCAUCCUCGCUAUCGAUAGACUCUGAAAAGAGCCACAAUGCACCAGGAGGGACUCCUUCUCAGCUUUUCAUCUCAUGUCCACCACCUUCCUCAUCACUUGUGUCGCUUCAUGCAUCUUCUGCAAGGUUGCCACGGGCAACCAACAUGUCAUCAUCGUCCGCUACGGUCCUCGGACGUCACGUGCGGAGCAGCUAUAAACAUCUACAAGGAGAUGUGCGCAGGAGGAAACUAUUCUCCUUUCACAAAUUCUUCCUUCGCAUUGACAAGGACGGCAAUGUUAAUGGCACCAAAAGUGAGAAUGAUCCAUACAGUAUUCUGGAGAUCAAAUCAGUGGAUGUGGGAGUGCUGGCCAUCAGGGGCCUGAGCAGCAACCGUUACCUGGCAAUCAAGAAGAAUGGAGUUCUGUAUGGAGCGAGGGAUUUUGGUCCGGACUGUCAUCUAGUCGAAUGCAUCGAGGAGAACAAGUACAACACCUACGCUUCUGCUGAAUGGCGCAAUAAGAAGAGGCCCAUGUUCGUGGGACUGAAUGGCAACGGAAAACCAAUGAAAGGAAAGAAGACAAGGAGGAAAAACACAGCCACACACUUCCUGCCCAUAGUGGUUCAACCACGAUGAUUGGACUCAUCGAUCGUGGGACAGCUCUGCACACUGCAGGAGCUUUUUUCUUUUUUGGGAGUUACAGUGAUGGCUGCAAUGGGACAGAUUUGAAAACGAUCUGUAUGAUGCACUGAGGAGGAAAAGAAAGGAAAUCUAUAGACAUUUAAUUACUGUUAAUAAAGACAUUUCUAUUUUUAAAGAAAGAUAUAUCGGUAUACAUUGUAUAUAAUAUUUUCUGUUUUAAGUUAUAAGGUACACUGGCACAGUUAAGCGAGAGAAAAACAAGAACAGGAACAGCGUCUGUGCCAAAAUGUUAUUUAGUAACACAUUUCUAGAUUUGUGAAGUGUGACUGAGAUGAAGACAGAGAGGGAAGAAAAGGAAGUAUUUUAAGAAGUUUAACUGAGAGGAGAAACAAAAGACAACAAAGAGAAAAGCAAGAAAGAGAAAGUUGUGUCAAGAAAGCAUCAACAUGAGUCUAACAUUAUCAUGUUUUUCUUCCAAAUUAUUUAUUUUAUGUAAUAUUUAACAAAAAAAUAGAACAAAAACAAAAAGGUCAAAUUUUUGUCUUUUUCUGGCAUUUAUGUUUUUCUUUUU